AUGUUAUCAUUAUGUCUACUUGUUGUCGCACUGCCGUCCUACCACGUCUCCUCAAUCAAUGGGAGAAACUGUUUACCAGUCAGGGACGAAGAAUCACAAACAAGGGCGCCGCCAUGGUUGGGUUCUUUCCCGCAGAGUUGUUUACUCAAGAACAAACCAAUGUCAUUAAUCGAUAGACAAUAUCCUUUGUCCAAGCGGACGAGGUCCUGGCUUCUUGCGACUAGCUCUGGACUUCAGCAUUCGCGUCAACGACUUGUUCCACGCCUAGACGAAGCCAUGCAGGCGCUUCUGCGCACGAUGCCAUUUCAGAUCUUCCUAGAGCCAGUGAAAGGCCCCGUGCAUACAGAAGAACACGUGGUACGACACAGCCAGCCUCCAAAUGAGCUGCUCCGUUGGCGUAGGAAAUUGAAAUUGCCAUCCGAUCAUGCAGGGAGCUUUGAAGGCAACGAUGAAGACAUCCCCAAGACGGUAGUACAUUAG